GCAAGUUUGCAGAGUUCUGUCGCAGAGCCGUAGCGAGCAGAACUAUCAAACCUCCAGAGUCUGACUGUCAAAUCGCAUUUCAGAAGAGAUCCAAACAGAAUUUCCUCGAUUGGGUUUGGCAACAAACUGAAGGCUACCUCUUGGUGAGAACAGUUUUGGCUCCACUUGCCAAACUUUUUUUCUUCGUCUGUGAGAGAACUCUUGAACCGGUUGAAUGUAUAGCAUGAUGGAAACCGAGAUCAAGAGCCCGCUCCCGCAGUCUAACUCGGGUUCGGCGGCUGGCGGAAAGAACAACAGCUCCAACGAAGAGCGGGUGAAGAGGCCCAUGAACGCGUUCAUGGUGUGGUCCCGUGGCCAGCGAAGGAAGAUGGCUCAGGAGAAUCCCAAAAUGCACAACUCCGAGAUCAGCAAGCGGCUUGGAGCUGACUGGAAACUUCUGACUGACGCCGAGAAAAGACCUUUCAUCGACGAGGCCAAGCGGCUGCGAGCGAUGCACAUGAAGGAGCAUCCGGAUUAUAAAUACCGUCCCCGCAGAAAGACCAAGACCCUGCUCAAGAAAGACAAGUAUUCCUUGCCUGGAGGACUUUUGGCGCCAGGUGCCAACGCUGUCAAUAGUGUCUCUGUAGGACAACGAAUGGACAGCUACGCGCACAUGAACGGUUGGACAAACAGUGCGUAUUCUCUUAUGCAGGACCAGUUGAGCUACCCGCAGCACCACAGCAUGAACAGUCCGCAGAUCCAGCAGAUGCACAGGUACGAGAUGACCGGCCUCCAGUACCCCAUGAUGUCCACAGCCCAGACGUACAUGAACGCGGCAUCCACAUAUAGCAUGUCCCCGGCGUACACACAGCAGACCAACAGUGCUAUGGGCUUGGGAUCCAUGGCAUCAGUGUGCAAGACAGAGCCCAGUUCGCCUCCACCGGCCAUCACCUCCCACUCUCAGAGGGCAUGUUUAGGUGACCUGCGGGACAUGAUCAGUAUGUACCUUCCUCCCGGGGGAGACAGCGCAGAUCAUGCCGGCCUGCAAACCAGUCGUUUACACAGCGUGCAUCCGCACUAUCAGAGUGCUGGGACUGGAGUGAAUGGAACGCUACCCCUCACACAUAUCUGAAAAGACUUCUAAAAAUGUGGGGAAAAAACUGAGUACUUCGGAUACUUGAACACUUUGGUUUUGCAAAAGAGUCGAGGUUCAAUAGUUUUGUUUUAAAAGAAUGAAAUUAUUUUUAAUCUAAACGAGUUGUCAAUUUUAAAGCAUUUUAAGACGACAUAUCGUGGAAUUUGAGUGUUGAACCCAACAAAAUAUUGUAUUGCAAAUGAGCUUCUAUCAUAAGCUAUAAGCAAUCAACUUUUGUAGAAGAAUUGGACUUCCAUUCUUUAUUGCCAUCUUGUUUUCUCUCUAUGAAAAAAGGCACGUGGCUUCGUGACGAGGCUGUUGUAUUUCACAAAAAAAGACACUGGAGGGAGAGUCCACUCAUUAAUGUUUACACUUCAUUUGUAGAAUGUCAGUUUGUCUGCUGUGUCCAAAUCUGUGUAGUCUAUUUUCUCGAGCUAGUUUUUUUCUUUAAUGAAAGACUGUGCGGGUCGCAAGCGCAAGUUUAUUUAUAGAAAGUUGUUCUGUUUUUCCUCCCAAGAAACGCUUGUGGGCCUCUGUGCGUCUCGUUGGAGAUGUUGCAUUUUUUGUUUUGUGAAAAUUUUCUUUUCUGUGAUAUGUUUUGCAGUAUCAGGUGACCCAUUUUGUGGGCGGAGAAGUUUAUUUAAACUGAUGUUUUUACUUAUUUUAAGACCAUCCUCUAUUCUUAAAUGAAUAAAUUUUUACAAAACAAGA